AUCGAUAUCUCAUUCGAUUACUGCUACUGCUCGGCUAACUUCGACUUGAGAAACUAGGGUGUUAAAUAAAUAUAUAUAUAUAAAUUUAUCGGGCGAGUUUAAGCCAGCUAACAAAGCUGGCCAAUUACAAAAAAAUACUUACCGGCGAUAAGCCGUACUCGUGCACCUACUGUCAUAUGCAGUUCAGGCAGCAGGGCACGCUCAUCAACCACAUAAGGACGCACACGAAUCUCGCCAGUCAGCCAGCUAGAGUGGACCACGCGGCAAUGCCUGCACAUCUUGGACACGGUGCACAACAGCUGGCAAAUGGCUUACUGCAAAACAACCUGCACAGCACAACUCCCAAUUUCCUUCAGUUGGACCACCAUCCGCUGCUGCAUUUCCUUGAAGGCAGUACAACAGUAAGCUCUUUGGUAGCGAGCAAUGCAGCAGCAGCUGCGGCGUCUGCUGCAUCAGCAAAUACAACAGGGACAGCGACGAUUAAUCCAAAAACAGAACCCAGCCAUACCGAACAGACGCCUCGCUUAAGCGUGGGCACCAUUAAUAUGUUAAGAAGCGACAAUCCUGAUCGUCCAUUUGGCUGUAGCGUUUGCCGGCGCUUCUUCUCUCAACAGAGCACCCUGGUCAACCACAUCAAAACGCACACGGGCGAGAAACCAUACAAAUGCAAGAUCUGUGAUGCAAGUUUCCGGCAAGUGGCCACGCUCAAUAAUCAUAUGAAAAUCCAUACUGGAGAGAAACCGUACACCUGUUCCUACUGCCCCAAACAGUUCAGGCAAAAGAGUACCCUACAAAAUCAUCUGCGGAUCCACAAAUGCUAGCUUGCAUCCGCUUAUCGUUAAAUUCGAUUAAAUUCGGAUAGUUACAAAUGCGAUACAUACAUGAAAACAUGCGUAAUACAUUAAAAUACAUUUAAACAAAAACAUGUACUGAAAAGUGUUAUUUACCUGCUAUGCAGGGCGCAAUUAAAUGUACACAAAGCUAAAAACUAUUGUAUAUCCA